CGCCCAAACGGAACUCAAACCGGACUCCACCAGAAACGAUCGAGAGCCCGCUCCAUCCGUGAGGAGGCAUCGAAUCAAAACUGUAGUAGAUUAUUGGCUAGUCUAAAGGAAACGGAGAGAAAAGAAAAUCCAGGAGGGGGCGGGAGAGGAAUGAAGAAAUGAAUAUGAAUUAUUGGCGCGUCGCGUAGGAGUGAGAAAGGAAAGAUUCGCCGACGAUAGAGAGGGGAGGGGGAGAGAGAAACGAACCAAAGCAAUCUCUCUCUCGAAGGAUGGAAUUGGAGGAGCUAGCAAUUCGGCCAUAUCCGAAAAGCAUCAUCCCCUUUCCCUCCCUCCCUUCCACCACCAUCAUCAUCACCGCCGACCCGGCCCGGCGGUUUCUCGGAUUCCCAGAAUUUAUGCCCAGCUCGCGAAUCCAUCAGCCAUUCCUUGCCCCUUAAAUCCACCUCCCGGAGACGACAUCUCACCGUAGACCUCCAGCGCUCUCUCCUCUCUCUCACACACAGAUACAACCUACGCUCUUGCGUCCAUCGACAAGUAGCUGUUCAAGUUUGUGCUUGGGCUAAGAGAACUUCUGCUUCCUCUCCUUGCUUGGCAUGCCUAGGUGCAACACCGAGACAACGGCGACGAUGUCGGAGCUCAUCUGCAACGGGUGCCGGAGCCUCGUCACCUACAACCGUAGCGCUACCAACAUACGCUGCUCCCGUUGCAGCUGUCUCAACUCCACAAGAGCAGCGAGCCAGAUGGCCCACCUGACGUGUGGCCGGUGCCGGACCACGCUCAUGUACCCGCCGGGUGCCUCUACUGUGGAGUGCGGCUCGUGCCGGCACGUCAACCAUGCCAGAGGCCAGGGCUCCUCUGCUCCUCCGGAUGCCUGGCCUCAGACAGUUCUGGUGGAGAAUCCCAGGACAAUGAAUGACAAGGGCAAGCUGGUGAGCAAUGUGGCUGUUGGUGUCACCUCAUGGAAAAGAUGACCAAGAAGAAACUCUUGGUCUUGUCCCAGGGGGGUCUGAUUAAGGAUGCAUGCCCUUGGUGAAUUUGUAUCAUCGUUGUCGUCGUCAAACAAAUGUUAAAAUCAAGUGUGUUUUGAAGCUUGAUAUAAACAAGAGAAACAGUAGGACAAGAGGCAAAGGGAGAAAAAAAAGAACAAAAAAAGGAUCUCUAAAAUGUGCCAUGUUUGUGCUUCUUUCUGAAAUGUAAAUAUGCUGGCUAUGUGAUAGCCUAUGAUGUGCUAUGAACAAAAAGGAAUGAAAAAGCAUUAUGUCCUGGAA